UAGUUCACCGCUUCCACUCCGCCGACCUCCUGCCUCCAUUUAAAGUUAACGGCCACUUUGCUUCGCAUCUGAAAGCAGGAUUUUUGACCGGUUGUUGUGCUGCACCACGACGAUAUCAACAAAGACCAACAACGUGAGCGGCGACAGAAAGGCAGGCAGUUAGUGCAGAAGCAGGCACCAUGUCCACCCCCACAAACCCAGAGGUGAAGGAACUGAACCCUGUCGACUUUAUCCAGCUACAGCAGUACAUUGAAUACUGCAGCUUGAAGGUGAAAGACGUGCUGAGGGAAUUCGAUGCAGAUGGCAGUCUGGCCCGGCACAGACAUGGAGAGUGCAUCAAUGAAGAAGGUUUUCGUCUGUUCCUGAAGACUUAUUUAGAAGUGGAGGACUUCCCUUUGGCCCUCUGCCAGCGACUCUUCCGUUCCUUCCAAAACUCUGAACCCACCCAGGAAGACAGUGCCAAGGAGGUCUUUCUGAAGGAUGUUUCAUGUUACUUCUCUCUGCUGGAGGAUGGCCAGCCCAGGGACAAACUGGAGUUUGCUUUCAAACUCUAUGACAGAGAUGGCAAUGGAGUCCUCGACAGCUCUGAAGUGGAUAGGAUCAUUGCUCAGAUGAUGCAUGCUGCAGAAUACCUUGGCUGGGAUGUGUCAGAGUUGAGGCCGGUUCUGAAGGACAUGAUGACAGCAAUUGAUGCUGACAGCAGCGGCACAGUGUCUCUGGAGGAGUGGGUGGAGGGAGGCAUGAACAACGUUCCCUUGCUGGUCUUGUUGGGUCUGAAGAUGACCCAGAAGGAUGGGCAGCACCUUUGGAGGAUGAAACAUUUCAACAAGCCUGUUUACUGCAACGUGUGUCAGAGCAUGCUGCUGGGCCUGAGGAAGCAAGGGCUGUGCUGCACCUGCUGCAAAUACACAGUCCACGGGCGCUGCGCUAACAAGAACCCAGCCCCCUGCACCAGAACGUAUGUGAAGUCAAAGAAAGAAACAGGGGUUCCAGCGCACGACUGGGUGAGUGGGAACUGUGACUCGAGGAAAUGUGAUAAAUGCCAGAAGAAGAUCAAGAGCUUCCAAGGCUUAACGGGCAAACACUGUGUGUGGUGUCACACGAUGUGUCACGAUGACUGUGCAGACCAAGAGCCGACAGAGUGUACCUGUGGGCCGCUCAGAGACCAUAUCCUGCCUCCAUGGGCAAUAUAUCCUGUUAUAAAGGAGAGAACAAACAAUGUAAAGAAUGGCUGCUCGGGUUCAACAGAUGACAGCGAGCUUAAUACUACUCCUGAUGGACAAGUGCUUCAGAUCAGCCCCGUGUCAAAGACUCAUCCUCUUCUAGUGUUCGUAAACCCUAAAAGUGGGGGCAAGCAGGGAGAAAGAGUCCUGCGUAAAUUUCAGUAUUUACUGAAUCCACGGCAGGUAUACAACCUUUCAAAUGGUGGACCGGGACCAGGACUGAGUUUCUUCAGAAAUCUGCAGGAUUACAGGAUCUUGGUGUGCGGGGGAGACGGCACAGUUGGUUGGAUUCUGGACGCAAUAGACAAAGCCAAUCUGCUGGAACGGCCACCUGUUGCUGUGCUUCCUCUGGGCACAGGAAAUGACCUCGCGCGUUGUCUGCGAUGGGGAGGAGGAUAUGAUGGCGAGGAUUUGAGUCGUAUUCUUAAAGACAUUGAGGGGAGCUCUCAGGUGCUGAUGGACCGCUGGAGUGUGCAGGUCAUCACAGAUGAGAAUCAGGAGAAAGGGGACCCAGUGCCAUAUGAAAUCAUCAACAACUACUUCUCUAUUGGAGUUGAUGCCUCCAUUGCACACCGGUUUCACACAAUGAGGGAGAAACAUCCCCAGAAAUUCAACAGCAGAAUGAAGAACAAGCUGUGGUAUUUUGAAUUUGCAACUUCAGAAACCAUCUCUGCUUCCUGCAAGAAACUCAACGAAAGCCUAACAAUCGAGUGCUGUGGUACUCCACUGGAUCUCAGCAGCCUGUCUCUAGAGGGUGUUGCUGUACUUAAUAUUCCCAGCAUGCACGGUGGCUCCAACCUUUGGGGGGAGACCAAAAAAGGGGACACAAAGGGAAUGACGAGUCAGGAAGAGCCAGAAGUGAUUGUCGACCCAGAAAUCCUGAAAGUGACUUCCCAAGAUCUCAGUGACCGUCGAUUAGAGGUGGUCGGCCUUGAAGGAGCCAUGGAGAUGGGACAGAUAUACACGGGCCUCAAGAGUGCCGUGAGGCUCGCCAAGACGUCACAGAUCACCAUCAGGACGAAGAAAGCAUUACCGAUGCAGAUAGAUGGAGAGCCGUGGAUGCAGCCUCCCUGCACGAUUCACAUCACACACAAGAAUCAAGCCAGUAUGUUGAUGGCUCCUCAGGCCAAAUCAACUGGUUUUUUCAACUACAAAUAAAACCAACUGACUACAUCACCCUGUUCAUUGUAAAUAAAGGUCUGACACUUUUUUUACAUCAAAUUAGUUCGAAUGUGUAUGUUGUAGAAUAAUUGCAUCAUAACAGUAAGGCUAACUGCUUCAAAGGUUCUGCAUCUGUGUAACCUAUAACCAAAGCAUGGCACUGUAUGAAUACAAACUAUGGUAAGAUAUGUUUGCAUCGUGGCAAAAUGAAUUUAACCAAAUUUACUCAGUGUUUUUAUCAAUACAAGACAGUCUCGCUGCCGCUGUCUCAAUGCUUCACAGUCAGUGGAAAUGCUGCUCUGUAGGAACUUAAAGUAAGGUUAAGGUAAAGUGAAUAUCAUGUUUUUAAAAAAAUAUUCAGCUUCAUGUGCCUUUACAAUCUGUUCUUUAUGGUUAUGGCUUAGGUAGAAGAUGUACAGACCACUGUGUAGACGUGCACUUUGGCCAUAGACCAUGUAGUAUUGCUGUUUUGUUGUGGCUGUAAAGAUGCUGUGAAAGCCAGAUAUAUGUUUUAUUAUCAAUUUGGCACUGAGAGAGAAGGAUAGAUGAGAUUACAUUUCAGUGAUUUACUUUUUUUUUUCACACAUUUGAGAAGAUACUUGAAAGUGUUUUGGGGAACAGUAACAGGACAAUCAUUGCCAAAAGGGCUGCAUGUUGAUCCGCUGGGUGGGGCGUGGGGUGUGUGUGCGUGUGUGUGUGUGUGUGUGUGUGUGUGUGCGUGUGUCUGUAUGUGUGUCUGUGUGUGUGUGUGUGUGUGUGUGUGUGUGUGUGAGGACAGAAAGCCUCUCUGCUGUACUAGUUUAGUGCAGAAAGCUUAGAUUUGUUCACUUCUAACUUAUAAAUUAUAAUGACUUAGAUUUGAAAUUACUGGUUCAAACUUGUUUUAACAUAUACAGUCCUUAUUUAAAUGCUACAUCAGUCAUAUCAUGUCAGUAUAUCUGAAGGAUGUUAAUGUAAUAUGCCUGAAAUAACACACUGUGUAAAGAUUUAAUAAAUC